AUGUCGGCCGUCACUCAGCACAACCUCGAGACCCCUUCCAAGAAGGUCGCCGCCGGCCUCGCUGACAUCGACGUCAACGCCACCCCCUCGAAGAAGGCAGCCGCCGCCAAGCUCAACCUCGCCGACGAUGACUUUGCCGAGCCUGGUUUCCUCACCAAGGGCAAGAUCGUAGACGCAUCCUCCAAGUCCGCCGGUAAGGACGCCGCCGCUACCCAAGACAUUACUGCCUCGGACGAUGGCCACGGCAAGUUCGUCGGAGAGGUCGAUCUUCCCGAGGAGGAGGAGCCCCUUCUCGUCGAGACCAGCCGUCGUUUCGUUCUCUUCCCCAUCCGCUUCCAUGAGAUCUGGCAAAUGUACAAGAAGGCAGAGGCUUCCUUUUGGACUGCCGAGGAGAUUGAUCUUUCCAAGGAUCUCCACGAUUGGGACAACAAGCUCAACGACAACGAGCGCCACUUUAUCUCGCACGUCCUCGCCUUCUUCGCCGCCUCCGACGGUAUUGUCAACGAGAACCUCGUCGAACGUUUCAGCUCCGAGGUGCAGGCCGCCGAGGCCCGUUGCUUCUACGGUUUCCAGAUCAUGAUGGAGAACAUCCACUCCGAGACCUACUCGCUCCUCAUCGACACUUACAUCCGCGAGCCUGAGCAGCGCGAGUUCCUCUUUGACGCCGUUGAGACCAUCCCCGUCGUCAAGCAGAAGGCCGACUGGGCCUUGCGAUGGAUCAGCGACCAGCGCGCCACUUUCGCCGAGCGUCUCGUCGCCUUCGCCGCUGUCGAGGGUAUCUUCUUCUCGGGCUCGUUCGCCUCGAUCUUCUGGCUCAAGAAGCGCGGUCUCAUGCCCGGCCUCACCUUCUCCAACGAGCUCAUCUCGCGCGACGAGGGCUUGCACACCGACUUUGCAUGCCUUCUCUUCAGCCACCUCAAGAAGCGCGCCCACCCAGACACGGUGCUCAAGAUCAUCGCAGAGGCUGUGGAAAUCGAGAAGGCCUUCCUCACCGACGCCUUGCCCGUCAGUCUGAUUGGCAUGAACGCCGCGCUGAUGCGCCAAUACAUCGAGUACGUCGCCGACCGCUUGCUUGUUUCGCUCGGAAACCCGGUUCACUACGCGGCCACCAACCCCUUCGACUUCAUGGAAAACAUCUCGCUCCAAGGUAAGACCAACUUCUUCGAGAAAAAGGUCGCAGAAUACGCAAAGACCGGUGUGGCACGUAGGGAGAACGACGAGGGCGGUGACGGCACUCAGAAGAACACCCACACCUUCUCGCUCGAGGAGGACUUCUGA